AUGGAUGACGUUGAUUCAGUAUUGGUAGAUAAUGUCAAAUCAUUUGCCUCCGGUGGGUUCGGUGGUAUUUGUGCUGUCUUGACUGGGCACCCAUUUGAUUUGGUUAAGGUCAGAUUACAAACUGGAUUGUACAACUCAUCAGUACAGUGUGUCAAGGAAACAAUUGCCAAAGAUGGAUUAAAGGGUCUUUACCGUGGUGUUUUACCUCCGUUGUUGGGAGUCACACCUAUGUUUGCUGUCUCAUUUUGGGGUUACGAUGUUGGUAAGAAAAUUGUUGGAUCUUUUACUGGUAAAACAGUUGAACAAUUCACAAUUACCGAUAUCUCAACUGCUGGUUUUAUCAGUGCUGUUCCAACUACUUUAGUUGCAGCUCCAUUUGAAAGAGUCAAGGUCAUGAUGCAAAUUCAGCAAGGUGCAAAAUCCAAAGGUAUGGGUGGAGUCAUUGUUGAUAUGUACAAGACUGGUGGUAUUAGAUCCAUCUUUAAGGGCUCAGCAGCUACAUUGGCCAGAGAUGGUCCAGGUUCAGCAUUGUAUUUUGCCACUUACGAAUAUUUGAAGAAGGAAUUGUCUACUCCAGGAAAAGAUUUGUCCAUUUUCGCAAUCAUGACCGCUGGUGGUUUUGCAGGUGUUGCCAUGUGGAUGGGUGUUUUCCCAAUUGAUACAAUCAAAUCUACUCAACAAUCGUCAAAUGUACCCGUUUCAAUUGCUCAAACUACUAGAAAUAUUUACGCAAAGGGUGGUAUCAAGGCGUUCUUCCCAGGUGUUGGUCCUGCAUUAGCCAGAUCAUUCCCUGCUAAUGCUGCUACCUUCUUGGGUGUUGAACUUGCUAAGAACGCUUUGGAUAAGAUUGUAUAG